AAAAAAGAUGGUAUUAUAAAAAGAGUUACCACCCCUACACCUUGGAUAAAUUCAAUAAUUAUUGUAGAGAAACCUAAUGGCGGAUUAAGAAAAUGCUUAGAUCCAAGACAUUUAAACAUAUAUAUUGUGUCUGAUCAAUAUCAAAUGCCAAGUGUUGAUGAGCUAAAUUGA